UGAUAAAGUUAUAACUACAACCACCACCAUUCAUUUAUCAUACCAUCAUAGUCUAAUUGAACAACAUGUUUGACUUAAAGCAAGUGGUUAGACCAAAUAUCUUAUCCCUUGAACCAUAUAGAUGUGCCAGAGAUGAUUUCAAAACUGGGGUGUUAUUAGAUGCCAAUGAAAAUACUUAUGGACCAGCCUUAAGUAAUAUCAGUGAAGAAGAGAAAUCCCUUGAAUUGAAUAGAUAUCCUGAUCCUCAUCAGAUUGAUUUAAAACAACAGAUUAUCAAUUUCCGUAAUUCUCGUCCUAAUGUGUUUUUAAAAGAUGUUAUUAAGGAUAAAUUGACACCUCAAAAUUUAUGUUUAGGAGUUGGAUCUGAUGAAAGUAUUGAUUUAUUAUUAAGAUGUAUUUGUAAACCUAGUGUUGAUAAAAUGUUGAUUUGUCCUCCUACCUAUGGGAUGUAUUCGAUUUGUGCUACUGUCAAUGAUGUAGAGAUUGUCAAAGUUCCAUUAUUAUAUCCAUCAUUUCAAAUUGAUAUACCAUCUAUACUUAAAACUCUUGAUGAGAAUGUUAAAUUGGUAUAUUUGACAUCUCCAGGUAAUCCUACUGGGAAAUUGAUUCAAGUGAAAGAUGUGAUAACCUUAUUAGAAUCAUCCAUAUCCCAAAAUUGGCAAGGUUUAAUCGUAGUAGAUGAAGCUUAUAUUGAUUUCACUGAAGAUUUCACUUCUACUACCAGUGAAUCAGUUUCAACUUUAGUCAAUCAAUAUCCAAAUUUAGUAGUGUUACAAACUUUAUCUAAAUCAUUUGGAUUGGCAGGUAUAAGAUUAGGUAUCACUUAUAGUUCAACUGAAUUAGCCUAUUAUUUAAAUGCCAUGAAAUAUCCUUAUAAUAUCAGUUCUUUAACUUCCAAUGUUGCCAUGAGAGCUACUAAUAUUGAAUCAGGAUUGAAAAUCAUGUAUGAAUACGUUUCCAACACUAUUAAACAACGUCAAAAUGUAUUGGAUCAAUUACAAACUAUAAAAGGAAUUGGACGUAAUAUAGGUGGAUUAGAUUCUAAUUUCAUUUUAGUGGAAGUAUUGGAUAAACAAGGACAACCAUCAAAUGAAGUGGCUCAAAAAUUAUAUAAUGAAUUAGCCGUAGCCAAUGAAGUGGUGGUAAGAUUUAGAGGUAAAGAAGUUAAUUGUGAAGGUGCAUUAAGAAUUACGAUUGGUACAGCUGAUGAAAAUCAAAUUUUAAUAGAUAAACUUAAACAAUGUCUUGCUGAGAUUAAUAAGUGAGUAAUUAAAUAUUCAUAGAUGUAUAGACAACAUAGAUAUUUCUAAUAAAAAUAGUAAAAGUUUCCAAUAUUAUUAUUCAUGAAUAUUUUGCAUCCAAAGUAGGUGUUCACUUCAAUUGUCUGUGUAUAUUAGAGCCCUCUCCUUACCAUUAACAACGUGAGUUCCAAUUUUAUUCAACCUCUUCAACAACAUGCUACAAUCUACUUU